GGCGGGCGGCCAUGACAGUGGGCGGGCCGGGGCGGCUCCUCCCGGCUGGUGGCGGCGAAGAUGGCAGAUUUCCUGAAGGGGCUCCCGGUGUACAACAAGAGCAACUUCAGCAGGUUCCAUGCGGAUUCCGUCUGCAAGGCUUCCAACCGCCGGCCCUCGGUGUAUUUGCCCACCAGAGAAUUCCCCUCGGAACAGAUUAUCGUGACAGAGAAAACAAACAUCCUCCUGCGCUACCUCCACCAGCAGUGGGACAAAAAGAAUGCGGCCAAGAAGCGCGAGCAGGAGCAGGGCGAGCUGGAGGGCGAGAACUCGGCCCCGCCGCGCAAGAUCGCCCGGACCGGCAGCCAGGACAUGACCGAGGACACUUAAAAAACCCCGGAAUCGGGAAUUCCCAAGGCUCUUCCCGCUUUUUUUUUUUCUUAUUUUUUUUCCCCCACCUCCCCUUUCCCCCUGACCCGCUGGGAAUUCCCAGGAUCCGCCCUAUUUAUUUGGGAUUUGCCUCGUUGCCUGGUUUUUGGUUGGUUUUUUUUUGGUUUGUAUUUAUGGGGUUUUUAUGGAGAGGGGAGAGUUGUUCGUCCUUAAGGGGCUCGUAAUUCCCAAAAUUCCUGGUUUUUCUGGGGUUAUCCCAGAAUUCCUAAUUCCCCAAAAUUCCCUGUUUAUCCUGGGAUUCCUGCCUGGGAAAUCCCAGAAAUCCUAAUUUCCCCAAAAUUCCCCCUUUUUCCUGAGAUUCCUGGGAUUUGCUCCUGACAUCUCCCAGGAGAGCUCGUUCCCAAAAAUCCACUUUUCCUGGGAUUUAUUCCCUUCCCAAAAUCCCCCUUUUUCCUGGGAUUCCUUGGAUCUGCUCCUUGUGAAAUUCCAGAACUCUCCCUUUUUUUUUUUUUUUCUCCUCCCCAAUUCCACUUUUUUUGGGGAUCAUUGGGAUCUUCUCCCCUGUGAUACCCCAGAAUUCCUCAUUCCCAAAAACCCCACUUUUUCUGGGAUCUCCUCCCUUCCCAAAAAAUCCCCUUUUCCCAGGAUUUCCCCACAUCCCCUCCCUGUAAAAUUCCAGGAUUUUUUUCUUUUUCCCUUCACAUCCCCUUGGAGAAAUUCCCAGGAAUCCUUUGGAUAUUCCCAACCCAUCCACGACUGUGAGGCCUUUCCCAUUUUUCCAGAAAAUUCCCAACCCUUUCCCGGGCUCCGAUCAUGGCUGGAGCCGAUCCCUGGGAAUUUGGAUCCCGGGAUUUUUUUGGGGGGCUGGAUCCAUGGAAUUUUUUUCCCCUGCCCUCUGGAAAAGCUGGGAAUGUCGAUCCUUAAAUCCUGUUUUUUUUCUCCCGGGAAUCGCCGGAUCCUCUGCGAGGGAUCGCUCGGAAUUCCCAGGACUGCCAGCGGCCCCGGAUCUGGGAGAAUCCUGGCUGGAAUUCCAGGAAUCCCUGGAUGGAAUUCUGGGAUCUGGGCUGGAAUUUGGGAUCUGGGCUGGAAGAAUCCAGGAUGGAAGAAAAUCCAGGCUAGAAUUCUGGGAAAUCCAGGAUGGAAUUUGGGAAACCAGGCUGGAAUUCCAGGAAUCCAGGCUGGAAGAAUCCAGGCUGGAAUUUGAGAAUCCAGGAUGGAAUUUGGGAUCCAGGAUGGAAUUUGGGAUCCAGGAUGGAAGAAUCCAGGCUGGAAUUCAGGGAUCCAGGAUGGAAUUCAGGGAUCCAGGCUGGAAUUCAGAAUCCAGGAUGGAAUUUGGAAAUCCAGGAUGGAAUUCAGGAUCCAGGAUGGAAUUCGGGAUCCAGGCUGGAAUUCAGGAAUCCAGGAUGGAAUUCGUCAUCCAGGCUGGAAUUCCAGGAAUGCAGAGCCCAUCCCUCGCUCCCCAAAUCCUCGGGAUUGAGACAAUUCCCAGCCGCCUUCCCGGGACCAUCCAGAGGCUCGGGAUCCGCGGAGAACCUCGGCAAAGGACGGGACGAUCCCAAAAUUCCAGCUGCUUUUCCGUGAGGAGCCGAUGUCCGCGGCAAUCCCGGAAUUCGGGGUCUUUCUCCCUCCCCUUUGCUGGGAAACCCGCGGGGAAUUUUUUUUCCAGGAGAUUCCCAGGAUCAAUUCCCGGCUCUGACUCUGGGAGGGUUCCUGCCGCCCCUUUUCCCGGAAAAUCCCGGAUCCACCCUCGGAAUUCCGGCCUGGGAAGGGCCAAAACUCCUCCAGGAGCUCGGGAGGAGCAGGACACGGCUCCGGUCGGAAUUCCCGGAAUUUGGGACUGGAAUUCAAUCCAGAACUUUUGGCUCUGCCUCCGUUUUUCCCAAAUUUUUUUUUUUUUUUUUUUUGGGUUUUCUUUUCUUUUGGGUUGGGUUGGUUUUUUUAUGGAAGCGACUUUGGAAUUCCUGGAAUGCAGUGUUGGGGGGUGGGGAGGGUUGGGGGGACGAGCGGAAUUCCCGGGAUUUUGGGUUGGGUUGGGAUUUCCAGCUGCAGAACUCCGGGAGGAGCCGGAUUCGAGGAAUCUCCGGAAGGAAUUCCGGGGGUUUUCCAGGAGAGGAGGGUGGAUCCCGGGGUUCCCGAGGCUCGGGAAUGUUGUUCCAUUAAAGAGUUGGCACUUCCUG